AUGUGGUCGGUAAUGUUAAAUAAAAAUUCUGUUAAAAAAAAUCUUUUUAGAUUUAUUAAACUAGGGGUUGCUUUCGAAUUAGGAGCUUUAGCAGCAACAUAUGGUUUUUGGUAUAAAGUUAACAGAAAUAUAGAUUUUCGAUUUUACUUGCACGAAAAUUACAAAUUUGUGCUUGAUGCUUACUACAAAAUAGGCGAGACCAUAGAUCCAGAAUACAAAGGAAAAGAAUUAGAUUAUGAUUAUUGGGUUAAAACAGGGAAAAUUACACACAGUAGUGCUAAAAAAUAUAUGUUAAGGGCAAUGGAUAAAUUAUGUUUAUCAAAUUACAACAAUCAUGAUCCAAUCGAUCGUAUAAUUAAAAGGCAGCUUCAAAGAAAGAAAACGGAAGAAAAAAAUAAUUUGGAUUUCAGCGGUUCUGAAGAAAUAGAAAAAUUUAUAGAAGCAUUUAAUCAAAAACAAAAGGAAAUAGAAAAAGAAUUUGAAUUAGCAGAAACUUUGGAUCAUGAAAUGUUAUCAGAUCAUUUUUCAAAUCUUAACGAACUCAUUCAAUCAUUGCAAAAAUUUUAUUCAAACGCGACAAUAUUUUUAAGGAUAUACGACAAAAAAGUAUGUCAGGCUACGCUUCAAAAUCUUCAAAUUAAACUUAAAGAGUUGGAAAAUCGUCUUCUUCCUAGGAAAAAAUUUGGUUUCAAAAGUCGAAUUAACAAAUUAGAAAAAGAUGAUGGGAAAAAAAAUGGUACCUCGAUAAAAAAUGGAGUAAAAAGUAAAAUAAGUUUAAUUUCUCAUAAUGAUAAACUUAUUGAAGAAGAAAUAUGCGGAUUCAGGCAUAAAAAUGAUGAAAUAUUAUUUCUUACCGAAGAAGAAAUCGAAAAGAAAGAUGUUUUGUUAGAAAAUUUGAAAAAUUGUACUGUUAAGCUUUACGGGAAUCCUACCACCAUUCACAUGACUAAUUUAAUUAAUUGUCAAAUAUAUUCUGGUCCUGUUACAACUUCUGUUUUUGUUGAAAAGGUUAAAAAUAGUUCUUUACAUUUGGCCUGUCAACAAUUGAGAAUUCACGAAACGACAGACACUGAUUUUCAUAUUCAUGUAACGAGUAAAGCCAUUAUUGAAGAUAGUCAAAAUGUUAGAUUCGGAGUUUACAAUUUUAAUUAUGAGGGAUUAGAAAACCAUUAUAAAAUAUCAGGGCUAAGUAAAGAGGUUAAUAAUUGGAAUAAAGUGGAUGAUUUUAAUUGGUUAGCAGCAGAUAAACCGUCUCCAAAUUGGACUAUUCUCACUGAUUAA